CCUUACUACAGAAGGAGAAGCAUCUUUUAUAUUAUAUUAUAUAUAAUUGCGUGCUUUCAUACCAUCUCUUGAAGCUGGGAACGGGCUGAUACGAUUCGAAGACCAAGUCAGAGACUACUGGACGUCUCGCAGAGCGACUCUCAACGAGGACUUUGAGACUUUUUGAAAAAAAUGUGUGUGUGUUUUUUUUAAUCCAAGUUUGACUCUGAUUAGAUCCUUAGCGCUUGCGCUAAGUAAGCCCUCCAAGGCCUUAUGUAAUGUAAAAAACCGAGGAAAAUAACGUAAAGUAGAAACGAACAAUACGGUACGAUCGCUAUAUCUUUUCUUUUUCUUUCUCUCUCCUCUAUAGAAAGAGGGGAUUAUACGUGGCGUGGUAUACCUGAUCGUUUGGUCAACGAGACGUACGUAAGUCGGCAUAGCUCCAUUUAGAAUAUAAAAUUCUUUUCUUUUACUUAGCCCGCCUCUCCCAUGACUUUCCGGACCAACCCGGAUCUGCCCUCGAUCCGCAUUUUGGGAGCAGAGCAUGCAAAAUCGAGCAAUGAAUCUUAUAAAAAUUUCCUCGGGUCUCUAUAUAUAAAUCUAUAAAAAUGAAAAGCCCGGGUAGAAGCACAAGCAAAAGGAGAGAGGAAAAGUAGAAAAAGGAAGGGGGGAGGAGACUCGCCUCAAUACUUCCCACUGGACGAGAGGCGCACCUAACCCACCUACCCACUCAUCAAUCACGGUGUUCAGCUGACUUGUACUGAUAGACCCCUAUAGUAUUGGAAUUAGGCGCCCAUCUUUUUACUGUUGUUAACUAAUCUCUUCAAUGUUCGAUUCUACUCUAUGUUAGAACAUUUCUGUGAAUGCUAUUCUGAUCUAAGUGGUCCUAUUCUGUGUCCCGUGCUAGGAAGCAUUAUUCCUAUUUUCAUUCCAAAUUCAAGAAUACGACCGAUACGAUUGAUUGGUCUGUGUGCCUCUCUUAUUACUUUUUUGUAUUCCCCUGUUCCUCGGAUACAAUUCGAUCCUUCUACGGCCAAAUCUCAAUUUGUGGAAAGCCUUCGAUGGCUUCCUUAUGAAAACAUCAAUUUUUAUUUGGGUAUAGACGGUCUCUCUUUUUUCUUCGUGAUAUUGACCACAUUUCUGAUCCCUAUUUGUAUUUUAGUGGGUUGGUCUGGUAUGAGAAGUUAUGGUAAAGAGUAUAUUACAGCAUCUCUAAUUCGUGAAUUUCUAAUGAUCGCCGUGUUCCGCAUGCUGGAUCCUCUACUAUUCUAUGUUCUUCCCGAAAGCGUGCUAAUCCCUAUGUUGUGCGGAGCUGAGCAUCUUCUUUUCGCUGGGAUAAAGCUUUUCCUCUGCAGGGGCCUUGUGCAGUAAACCCCCUACGGGCGGUCGUCCGUCGUAAAGUAGUCCCCGCGAAGCUUUCGGGAAGAGGGGUAGUCUUGUGCGUAAGCAUAGCAUUUCUGGUCGAACCCGCCCAACCCAACUAAGACGAACCGAACCCGACAGACACAUCUUUUUCCUUUUGGGAGGGUACUCCGAGUAGUGGUUACCUCGUAGGACCUCGACCCGCCUACUCGGGUCUUGUAUGGAUAUGCAGGAAGGGGAGCUCCUAGGUGUGUGUAGGGGUUGUGUUUGUUCGCGAGAAUGGAUUCCUCGUCAAGUCAGUUUGGGGGGUGUGGACACACUUGCGCGAAUUCGGGUAACGGCUACAAGGGAGAAAUCGAAAGGAAACUGUACCCAACCAGGGAUGGACGUAAACUCGUAAGCUACCGAGGGUAGGGAUAAUCGUCCAGGUCUUAUUGUGAAAAAAAAGCCGCCCCGCCACAGCGGGCGGGUUGGUUCCUCUGUCGUCGCCGGGGAGCUCUUGGUGAGGAGACCUUAGGAGAAGUUGCUAAAACAAACGGGAGGAUCGACCCGUUCAGUAGAAUUCCGAAGAAAGACUGUUGGCAGCAGGCGGAGACAUUUCUUUGGCCCCCUUCAAAAAAAAAGGAAAUGCGGGCAGGGUUAAGCUCGGUAGAGGGUUCGAGACGAGAAUAGGUCCUGUCUUUAAGAUUCAGAUAAGAAAAGAGUUCCAAACCUUUAUGCAUGCACCUUCGUAUAAGUGCUGCAUACAAGUUCCGGCCAGGAUAAAUUGGAAAAAACCCAUUUGA